AUGUUGUACUUAAAAGAACAAGGCAUUUUAGUUUCUAAAAAUAGUGAUGUUGAUGAAAUCGAUUCUAUUAUGCUUUCGAUGCUUCCUGGAGAGAUGAAAACUUUUAACAGUACUGAUAAAUUGUGUCCAACAGAAAGUGAGAUCAAUGUUCAAGACAUGAACCCUCCUGAACUUUUGCAUUCUUUGAAUUUACUAAGACUCCCAAAUCAUUGUUUGCAAUUGAAAGUUGGAACACCAAUAAUGCUUUUAAGAAAUGUUAACCAAUCUUUGGGAUUAUGCAAUGGCACUCGAUUAAUUGUUGAUAAGAUGGGAAAUCGAGUAAUUGAAGCUAGAGUUAUUACAAGGUCUAGAGUUGGUGAGAAAGUACCACUUUCAUGUAUUGUUUUAACAUCUUCCAAAAAUCAUGCUCCUUUUACAAUGAAAAGAAGGCAAUUUCCAAUAAAGUUGGCAUUUGCUAUGACAAGAAGUAAGAGUCAAGGGCAAACUUUGAAGAAUGUGGGCCUUUAUCUUCUGAAUCCAGUCUUCUCCCAUGGCCAAUUGUAUGUAGCUUUAUCAUGUGCCACCUCUCCAUCAGGCUUAAAGGUGUUGAUUAUUAAUAAACAAGGCAUACCGGAUGAUGUCACAAAAAAUGUAGUUUACAUAAAAGUUUUUAGUAGCAUUGAUCAAUAA